AUGAUACCAAAUGAAGAACAGAUAAACGAUUGUUCUACUAUGUUUAAACAAAUGGAAUCAAACAAUGAAAUAAAUGUGGAUAAUCAACGGUUUACAGUUUCCGUUGCUUCUGAGUGCACGAAACCUGAAUUUAUGGCAAAUAUCAAUGAAGUUAUUUAUUUGGAAUCUGUCAACUGCUUGCUUGUUCGUUCAGAUGAUGGUUCCCUAAUUAUGAUUGAUUCAUCACUGGAAAAUUUUUGUCCAUUAGCCGUUGCACAUGUUGAUCCAAAAACGCGUAUUUUUUAUAAUAAUAACAGUGGUUCUCUUAUUUUCGCUAAUGAACGCUUGAUGUGUAUUAGACGGCAACAUUCAGGAACAUUUCUUCUUAAGACUGCAUUAGAAACAAAUUGUGGUGCGAUGAUCAAUUUGGAAAUUCCUAUUGAUGAGGCCACAAGGCUAGUGCAAAUGGCUUCAUCAGAUAAUGAUGAUUCAGUGCUUACUAGGCGGCCAAAUUUGUUUAAUUUUGUUUCUACCUUAGUAGCAGCAAUCGCUUGUGCUUCAUCAACUCCAGAGAAUGAUUUUAAUCAAUGCAUUCUUAAGCAAGAAUCUGUGGUUGUUCAAAUCAAUGGCGCUGAACUCUUGCGUGAAUUAAGACCUUUUGACAUGCAGCGUGAUAAUCAAGCUGAAGUACCAGUUGAAUGGUUAUCACCCGUAUGGCCUUUAGUUGCUUCUCUUGCGGAAAGGAUACGACUUCUUUUAAAUCCUAAACGCCCAUAUAAUUUCGAUUAUGCUCCUGAAUGGAAAGGAAUAGAUAAAGAAACAAUGGUGAGCGAAGCGGCUCGGCGAUAUACAUUCGAGCGUUGGCCACAUAUGAAUUAUAAAUGGGCAUUACCAUACCAAAUGGCAGAAGCUGGUUUUUAUCAUCAGCCAAAUAAAACAGGUGAUGACCGAGUUCUUUGCUUUGCUUGUCUUGUUUGUUUGGUUUGUUGGGAACCAUCGGAUGAACCCUGGUCUGAGCAUGAACGUCAUUCUCCUUCUUGUCGAUUUGUUCGUAAUGUUACGAAUCCAAAUGUACCAGCAUCACUAACAUUGUCGGCUUUAGCACCAUUUGAGCAUCAUAUGAAUAACAGCAAUGGCUCUUCUAUAAUUUUUUCUUCGACAAGAAAUACUGAUUGGAUUGCCACUGCUUUCAAUAUUUCAUGUGAUAUAAACAUGUGGCGCACAGAUAGAGUCAUUGAAGAAUCUGUUUUCAUUAAUAUAUCAGAUGCACUAUUUCUGCUUCAAAUAGGCGAAUGUGGAGCUAAUAUAAAUCGUCGACGAAUGCAAAGGGUUACAUGGAGUGAUGAUACAAUUGGAAUCUCUCAGAAUAAGGCGAAUGAGGAUUCACGAAAAGUUGUUAAUUUCGAAUCAAAGGAUAUUAGCCGAAAUAUGAAAAUAAAAGAUAGCAGUCGGCAGAUGAAGGCUCAAAAGUUAUCGAUUUCGAAGAAAGUGCAUGAUGAUGAAAUUUUUAACGCAGAACCAGUUUUGCAAGGCAAAGGUAUCGAUUCACCUUCAUCUUUAAUUUCGAACGAUAGAUUUUCAAAGCAGGAUGGGGGCGAGGCAAGUUGA